UCUCCUCCAAGGUGACCACCUCCUCCCCACCGCCCCCCACAUCCGGUUCCCCGAGGUUGCAGCCUCUGCAGCCUUGCGAGGAUCAGAUGAACCCAUCGUCACCAGACGAAUUCUCCAGUACGAACGAUCGGACACUGAAUCUUUGCUCAAUUCCGUGCUGUUUUGAUUCCUUUACUGGCAGCUGAGCCGGCCCUCAAUCUGGAUUUUCCCGGAGGAUUUUUGGGGGAUUUUUUUUUCUUUUUUGUGGGGAUAAGGAGUUCAGGGGUGAGGGGGAAUCUGGUGGAAUUGGAUCGGUUUUUCUGAUCUUGUUGAGCCGAUCUGUGUGGGAUAGGAAAGGUUGCUUUUUGUUGUUGUUCUUGGGUUCUUGGUUUGAUAGGAGUUGGGGGGAUUCGGAUGCUGUAAUGGGGGAAUUUGAGGCGGCGGAUUUGGGAGAUUUUGUGAUGCGCGCGGGGAUCGGGGAUGGUGGAACUGUAGACUGUGUGGCCACGAUCAUCGGAUCAUGGAUCGAUCCUCUUGUUUCCGCUUCGCUCUUCUUCUCAUCUGUUGAUCGUGUCGGAGAUGAGCGGAGAGAAAGAUCAUUGUGGUGGAGACUGAUCUGUGCGUUGAUCUUGCUUUGGUGGCAUGAUCCGGGGUCAAUCCAUGGAUUUGUCUUGUGCGUGCUAGUCUCAUCUGCAGUUCAUUCUGAUGGCAUUCUUUUUGUGGGGGCAAAGGCUUUGCUAAUUUACUACUGAAUGAAAAUUUUUAUUUUUUAUGUGUUGUUUGUGUUGUUUCUGCUAUUAACUGUUUUUAGUAGUAUUGAGUUCCACUGUAAGAUGGUUCCUGAUCUAACAAGGGUUCAUGUGUGUUGUUGUUUUUGGAUUGAGGUUCAGGCUUUCUCCUGUCCAUGCGCUAUCUGACGAAUAUGUCACUCUGUCUACUGCAGAACACAGCUUAGAAAUACUGAACUGCCAACAUGAUCGAAUAAUUCAAUGCUUCCUUUAAUUUAACCUCCAUUGCAAAUGAUUUGCUUAUUAGUGAUGCCGGGGUUUGCACUAUAAUGUGAAGUAGUAGUAAUUUGCCUCUCUUCUUUUAUUCUUGUCAGACUGAGUACUCUGCUCCCAUAAUCCUAUUUAUCCACACAGCGAGGGGCACUGCAAGAAGCAUGCAGUGCCCAAUGGACGCAGCUGCAAGUGGAACUUCGCCUGUGAUGCAGUUCCAUGGCAUUGUUGAUGAGCCACCCUCCCAUUCAUCUCCGCUGCACACGGCGCUGGAACGUUCGCAGCGCCAUUGCUAUGGUCAUGAAACCCCAGGAGAAUUCCCCCUUGCUGUGAGCCCCUCCAUUGUGCUACAUGUGCUCUCCACCUGCGAGCUAGAUCCUAAAGAUCUCGCUGCACUGGAGGCUACAUGUACAUUCUUCAGUAAACCUGCAAAUUUCGAGCCAAACUUUGCUCUAUCGCUUCCAGAGGUUGCGGCAUUUGAUAUGUGCCAUAAAAGACCCAUGGUUAAGCUAAUGGCACAGCAGGAACGGGAGCAACUGAAGCAGAGGUGUGGUGGAUCUUGGAAGCUUGUUUUCAAGUAUAUUGUGGCUAGAGAAAGGAAUUACUCUCGGAUUGUCGCCGGGCCGGGCCAUAGUAUUGUUGUCACCACAAAGGGAGAUGCAUACUCAUUUGGGGCUAAUUGCUGGGGCCAGCUUGGCCUUGGGGAUACUGAAGAUCGGUUCAAGCCAUGCCUUAUUAGGUCUUUGCAAAGCAUCAAAAUCACACAGGCUGCAGUUGGAUCAAGGCAGACAAUGCUUGUGAGUGACACAGGAAGUGUCUAUGCAUUUGGGAAGGGUAGCUUUGUGUGGGAAGAGCUUUCUGAUGCAGCUGAUCACAUUACCACUCCUAAGAUAGUGGAGUCGCUAAAGGGUGUGUUUGUAGUUCAAGCAGCCAUUGGUGGUUACUUCUCUGCGUUUCUAUCUAGAGAGGGUCAGGUUUACACGAUCUCGUGGGGGCGAACCGAGAGGCUUGGCCAUAGUUCGGAUCCUUCAGAUGUUGAGCCUCGUCUUCUCUCUGGACCACUUGAGGGUGUUCUUGUUGCACAGAUUUCUGCUGGGAAUUGCUAUCUCCUUAUGUUGGCCUACCAGCCAACUGGAAUGUCAGUGUAUUCUGUAGGCUGUGGUUUAGGAGGCAAGCUUGGUCACGGAUGCAAAAACAAUAAGGGCACCCCCAAGUUGAUUGAACAUUUCCUGACAUUGAGCUUUAAUCCGGUUUCAGUUGCGGCUGGCACUUGGCAUGCUGCAGCUCUAGGUGACGAUGGGCGUGUCUGCACCUGGGGUUGGGGCCAUACUGGUUGUUUGGGACAUGGCGAUGAGGAGUACAGGGUUCUCCCCACUGUGGUUCAAGGAUUGAGCAAUGUGAAGGCUGUGCAUGUCUCCACCGGUGAAUACACCACCUUUGUUGUCUCCGAUAACGGCGAUACAUACUCCUUUGGAUCCGCUGAAUCCCUGAAUAUAGGUUUCCAGGAGGAUGAGGAAGCAGCAGAUGAUGCAGAUUUUUCUACCCCAAGCUUGGUAGAAUCACUGAAGGUGUUGAAUGAUAAGGCUGUACAGAUUAGCACAACAAAUUCUUCAUAUUGGCUCAACUCAGAAAUGGGAUACCCGCAUACGUUCGCGCUCAUGGAAUCCGGUAAACUGUAUGCCUUUGGGGGAGGGAUCAAAGGCCAGCUUGGUGUCAAGCUCUCUGAGGGUCAAGAAAGAGCUCAGAACCCAGAGCGAGUCCCGAUCGAUCUCUGCUAAUUUCAACCAGCAUUCUGGUGACCAUUUGCAAUGACAUAUUCUGUGAUCUGUGGUUAGCAUGCCCUCCUGAAUUUCAUAGGAGGAACUCAAAUGUUAGCAUCGAUGUAAAUACUAGGGGCACUUACCUUUGGUUCUUCUCUGAAGUAACAGUGUGGUUGUUGGUAGUUCUUGCAUUUUGAAUUGUUGGUGCAGCCAAGUCCUGACCGAGUCUUCUGAAUUGUUCGUGUGUGGCUUUAGCCUCU